UACAGAACGGCGAAAAGUAAACACCGUACCGUAGGUAGUUUGGGUUGUUUUGAUCGCAUCGCAUCGCAUAGUCAUUCAGAGCUGACGGAGACGUAGAGAAAUCACUUACCUACUUGGCAGCGGUGUUAGUGCAACCAUGUCUGUGGAGUGUGCGUAUGCUGGAUGCAAGAAUAGAAGAAAAGAGAGAGAUAAUGUAUUGACCUUUUUUAAAUUUCCCGUGAGGAAGCCCAACAUUCUUUUCCAAUGGUUACAAAACAGUGGCAAUACUGACUUACUUGGCGUGGACGAAUCUAUCUUGAUACAUAAACGAUUGUGCGAGAAUCAUUUCUCUAAAGACGAUGUGUAUCCCAGUGGCGAAAGAAAAUUGCUGAGAAGAAAUGUCGUUCCCAUACCUUGGGAAGAUAUGUCCUGGACCAACGAAAUGAUACUAGAGUUUCUGGAUCUCUACCAGAAUGAACCUGUUAUCUGGGACGCCAAUACGCCGGGCCACAAAAACCGUAACGAUGUCUACGACGCGUGGAAACGGAUAGAACUCAAUAUGGACGAGAAGUUUUCCGUUACCGAGCUGAAGAAAAAGAGGGAGUCGCUGAUGGCAUCGUUCCGAACCUGCCUGAACAAGGUGAAACAAAGCGCUGGAACCGGCAACGAAUACAAACCACAGUGGUUUGCAUACGAUAAACUAGCCAGUUUUCUUUUUAAGAAAAAUCCAGAACAAACAAGGAACAUAGAGGAAAUCCUACUUGAUGAAGGUUACUCUAAUUUUGAAAUCGAAGAUGAAUCGGACACCAUUUCUGUCAAAGCCGAGUACGUCCAUUUUGAAGACGAUUUAAGAAGCGAAGUCGCACAACCAGUUGCACAACCCUCGCCUUUGGAAAAUGAGUUUAUGCCCCAAUCUAGCUCACGUAAGCGUCCAAGAUUAAGUAAACCAGAUGGAAUAAAGAGUGAAACAAACAAUAUUCAGUCAAUAAAGCCUCAGUACGCAACGAAUUCCGUACACGACCAUUCCAAAGUCAAGAAAAUGUGUGCUCUCUAUGGAGAAUUAAUUGCUGCUAAAUUGGAACUAAUGGACGAACGAUCCAGGGAUAUUUGUAUGAACAAAAUCGAUAACGUGAUGUUUAAAACGAAAAUGAGAUCUUCUCGAAAGUCUUCCAAUAAGAAACGGAGUUCUGAUUCACAGUCUUCAAAUUCGUCUCUCUCACCAAGUAUUUCCGAUUAGAAGAGCAAGAAAUUUUCUUCACUCAGAUGCAAAAAAAACGCAACGGUGAAAAUUUCGGUCAAAUUGAAAGUGUGUGUAUUUUUGUUAUUUUUAGCCCUAUUUUCAUGUUUUUUUUGCAAACU